AUGAGAAAAACUGCAGCAUUAAUUUUCGAUCGAUCUUUACUGAUUUUACCAUUCACCGCUACUCUAACUAUGAUCCUAACCAUAGUGAUAUGUUAUUUAAACGAUAUAUCAGAUGGUCAACGAAUAACUCAAAUGAAAACGACAAACGACCUAGUUUUCACUAUUUUAUUUGUUGGAAUGGUUAUCUUAUUUCCUCAAAUGUUAGUAAUUAUCAUUGGUCGAUUUCGAUCACUAUUAGAAGCUCAAUCAGUUAUUAAUCGGAUUAUUCUAUAUAUCAUUCAUAUGAUUGUUGCUAUCCCCUUAAUUGGUGUACCUAUUAUAGCCUGUAUAGAGAAAGGUAGUGGUCGUGAUGAUUGGCCUUACGAUAUUCUAAUUGGACUACUUAUGUCUCUUUUCCUGUAUUGUAUUCUUCAUACUAUUUUGGUCGUCUAUCUCUAUAUAUGUCAAAGGAAUGCUUUUCAAUGGUCAAAAAUUAUGGGACCAAUAUGGUUUGUUGUUUGUACUGUACCAGUUAUUCCCUGUACUAUCAUACUAAGAACAUACAAUAUUCAUCUUCCAAUGUAUAUUGUACUCAUUUUUCCUGUUUUAUAUUGCUUAGGUUUCGUAUAUCCAUUUUGGUUACGAGCUAAAGCAAGAAAUAGAUCUUCCGUUGUACUUGGACCAUUAACAUUCUUAAAUGAUCCCGAUCAAGAAACAUUAGUUGCUUUUCCUAUCUAG